UUCCAACCCCCCAUUUCUACUUAUGCAAUCCACCACCUGACUACCUGAGUGCCCCCUCCCCGCCGGAACCAAUGCGGUCAUGCUCUCCGCGGCCACCGUGGCGCCAUGGAAGCGACUCGGCGAACUCGUCUCCAGUGGACGCCACCAGGAAGCUCUCCUAUUCUACUCCGGAGCCCACGCCUCCAACCUGCGUCCCAACGCCUUCACCUUCCCCUGCCUCCUCAAGUCCUGCGCCGCGCUCCAGGACACCUCCGCCGCGCUCCAAGUCCACGGCCACCUCGCUAAGUCCGGCUUCUCCGCCUGCCCCUACACGGCCACAGCCCUGACGAGCGCCUACGCCAGGCUCCUCCGUCUCCGGGACGCGCGCGUGGUGUUCGAUGGAAUGCGGGAGCGGACCGUGCCGUGCUUCAAUGCCCUCAUCGCGGGCCUCUCGCAGUGCGGCAAGGCUGGUGAAGCGAGGGAUGUGUUUGGGCUCCUCGGGAAAGAGGGGAUGUUGCCGAACUCUGUCACGGUGGCGAGCGUGCUACCUGCUUGUCGGGCGGUGGAGCAAGGGAAGCAGCUGCAUGGGCUCGCGGUGAAGGCUGGGCAUUGCUUGGAUCACUAUGUCGCCACGGCGCUCAUCACAAUGUACUUGGAUUGUGGGGACUCGGGUGCCGCGAGGAGGAUUCUUGAGCUCACGGUUGGUAAGGGCGUCGAGAGUUACAAUGCAAUGGCUUCUGGGCUAUUGAGGAAUGGUGAACAUUUUACAGCUUUGGACAUUGUUAGGGGAAUGAUACGUGGGUCCAGUGGAAAACCUAAUGAGACUACUUUGCUGGUAGUCCUCUCGGUUUCCACAAGCGUGAUGGCACCGUCGCUUGGUAAAGAGGCUCAUUGCUACGUCCUGAAGCGCGCAAUGGAUUGCAAUGUCAAGAUCAGGACUGCGCUCAUUGACAUGUACUCAAAAUGUGGUUCCCUUGAGUGUGCUUACCAGGUUUUCUCUACCAUGGAUGAGCGCAGCUUGGUGACCUGGAACGCAAUGAUCUCAGGUUUUCUGAUACACGACAAGCUUGCAGACGCCGUAAGGUUGUUUGAACAGCUGCGGUUGAAAGGGUUCCGACCUGACAGAAUUACAUGGAAUCUGGUGAUUAAUGGGCUUGCGCAUCACCAGAUGUUUGCUGAGGUCUUCUCAUUUUUCAGUAAGAUGCGACUGGAGGGAGUCUCAGGCGUGAACCUGGAAACCAUGACAAGCAUGUUGAGUGCUUGUUCGGCCAUGUCAGAUAUCCAGCAUGGGAAGCAGAUAUAUUGCCAAGUUAUUCGGACAAUGCAAGAUUUUGAGGAUGAUGUUUUCCAGACAACAGUGAUUGACAUGUUUAUGAGCUGUGGAUGUGAUAGGUAUGCUGGUAGAGUAUUUGAGAAAAGAGGGAGAAAAUUGAAUGAUCCAGCUUUGUGGAAUGCAAUGAUUUCUGGUUAUGGAAGGUGUGGAAAAAAUAGUUUAGCAUUGAAGACCUUCAGUGAGAUGCUUCAGCAGCAAGUGCAGCCCAACUCGGCCACCUUUCUCUGUGCUCUUUCAGCCUGUAGCCAUUCAGGAUUAUUCCAAAAAGCAUUGCAUAUCUACCAAGUGAUGGAGAAUACCUACAGUAUCAACCCUACUGUUGAACACUUGAGCGUCAUGGUUGAUCUUUUUUGCCGUGCUGGGAAACUAUCUGAAGCUUAUAGUUUAUUACUGAAACAUAAUGAUCCACCAGCUUCAAUGUGGUAUUCCUUUCUUGGUGCUUGUAGAAAAUACUCUAAUGCAGAACUCGGUGAAAUAGCAGCAACAAAACUCUAUGAUUUGGACCCUUCAUGCACAACUCCAUGGGUAAUUCUAUCCAACAUAUACGCUGAACAAUAUCGAUGGAAUGAUGUAGAGACGUUGAGGAAAUCGAUGUCAGACAAGCACCUCGUCAAAGCUCCUGCAUGUAGUGAACUUGUAUGAAAAUCUGUUUCUUGCCUUCCUAGUUGGGAAGAAAAUGAAAAUUCUGAUUUGUGUUCAGAAGGCAUGAUCUAUAUUGACCAUUGUUGAUUGAAUGGUCUAUACAUAAGUUGUGUAUGCUUGUAUUUUGAACUUCAAUGGAUAGCCACCUUUUUAUGUGCGAAGAACAUUAACAGAAGAUUGAAGCCGUCUGUAGGUCCAUCCUCAGUACGGAAACAUGUCAAAACACCACAUGAAAAGGACUUGUCCGGUAUGGUAGAGCUCUAUACAGAGGUCAAGAAGGCAACUGAUUCCUAAUGAGUACCAAGUUGCCAACACUCUGUGGAUGUUGUGCUUCACAGCCUGGUUAUUGCAGAGUCUAAUUCAUAAGAGUAGUAGUUUCAGCUAUACUGUUUUUGUGCCCUACCCCCAACCCCAACACCCAACGCACAAAAGAAAGGAACACAGUGACAAUGGUGGCUGGAUACUGUUGGUACAUAUAAGCCU